UGAACAUCUCUCGUGAUUUUCAAAAAUAAAAUCUUAUCUUCAAAAUGGAAUACGCCACACGCACUCAACACUACCAAAAAGUAAAAAAACCCUUACUUGAGCGACAACGCCGUGCAAGGAUUAACAAGUGCUUAGAUUCCCUUAAGCAGUUAGUAGCUGAAUUUCAAAGUGAUGAUUCUAUUUUGAGAAUGGAUAAAGCGGAAAUGCUCGAAACAACUAUUGCCUUUAUGAGGCAUAGCAAAGCGGUUGGCAGACAACAAUCGACACAAGUGCCAGUUGACAGUUUUCGCCACGGUUAUAUGAAUGCUGUGAAUGAAGUGUCUCGUGUCCUAGCUUCAACACCUGGAGUAACUGUUGAAUUUGGAAAAUCUGUUAUGACACAUUUAGGAUGUCAGUUUAAUCGUCUUGAAGGAUUACAUCAGCAACAACAAACAAUAAUUACCUGUGAAGAAUCUCUACAUCAAAGGUCAAUGAACGAGGUGAUUAAUAACAGUUCAUCGAUACCAUCAUCGCCACCAAUGAGCCCUGCAUCUUCUGGAUACCACAGCGAUAUGGAUAGCCCUGAACAACAUUAUCAUUAUCAAGUACCUGUUAAUGUUCCAGUUCCAACUGUCUGGCGCCCUUGGUAAACUCUAUAAGAUCAUUGAACCUAAACAGAGUUCGCGCUCUCUUUAAAAAAGAAAGUGGGGAUGUUUUCUUUUUAAAGUGAAAUGAGAACAACCACCAUUACCGAAACUGUGAUAUCGAUGGAUGUGAUUUAAGUAUACCAACUUAAAAAAAUUAUAAAAUAUUUAUAAACUAAAAAAAAAAUCUAUAAACAAAUACAAAAUAUAUUAUCUAUAUGAAAAGAAUACAUAAAUGAACUGAUUCUA